AUGGCCGCCUUCUGCCCCGCCGCCCGCCCCACGCCCUCCCCCCGCGGGGCCGUGGCAGUGCCACCACGGGCCUCUUUAAGCCCCUUUGAAGCCGCCAGAGCCUCGCGCCGCGGGAGGCCCCGCCGCUAUGCCAGCUAUGCCAGCUAUGUCCCCGCCGCCGCCGGCCACCACCGCUCCCCCAUUAAUGCCACGCGGCUGGGGGCCGGGGACCAGACUCCAGGCCGGGGGAGACCCGCUGGGCGCCGGAGCGCCCCCUGGAGGCGGGAGCAGGCACGGGCCACGCCCCUUCUGGCCACGCCCCCUCCGCCCGUGGAAGUCGGGGUUUGGCGGGGAGGCCCGGGACAGGUGGCUCCACGCCACGGAAGGCGCUGGCGGCUCCUGCGACAGGAACCCCUUCCUCGCAGCCUCUGCCGCCCCCUCCGUCCCCACCCGGCCUUCCAGAGUCUGACUCAGAGCCGAGCUCUCUCGCUUCACCUCCUGCCACACACCCCGAGCAGCGCGGGGAGAAAUUACAGGAUCGCAGGGGCACGGCUAAUGCGCUCUAAUUACCCACCGCCACUCUCAUCCCAGGCCAACGCGCGGCAAUUAGGCCGCCCCUCCCUGGUCCCGGAACUGUCCCCGGGCCCAGGAGCCCUCGCAGCCGCCGCCUCCUGCCGGCCUCCGGGACUGCCCCCUGGUCCCCACUAG